AUGUCUGACGCAGAGGGUGCAUCAUCUUCAACAUCGGCAUUUGUGACGACUUUGAUCGUCAACGGUGUGAUCGCAACUGUAUUCGUUUGGCUUUUCUUAACGUUACGUCCAAAACAACAAAGGGUGUAUCAACCCCGGUCUUUAACGGACAUCAAAACGAUACCAGAGUCUGAGCGAACAGAAGAAGUCCCGUCAGGGUAUUUUGAUUGGGUCCCGUAUUUGCUAACAAAACCACAUUCAUACUUGAUCCAGCAUGCAAGUAUCGAUGGAUACUUGUUCUUGCGUUACAUCUCCAUUUUUGGAGGUAUCUCAUUAAUCGGUUGCUUUAUACUUUUCCCAAUUUUAUUGCCGGUCAAUGCUACCAAUGGUUACAAUCUAGAAGGGUUUGAAUUGCUUGCUUUUUCGAACGUUAGCAACAAGAAUAGAUUCUUUGCACAUGUAUUUUUGUCUUGGAUCUUCUUUGGUCUAAUCAUCUUUAUCAUCUACAGAGAAUUAUACUAUUACGUUACGCUUCGUCAUUCCAUUCAGACUUCUCCAUUGUACGAUGGGUUACUCUCUUCUAGAAGUAUAAUUUUGACCGACUUGCAGGGCGAUUUUUGCUCUGAACCGGAGUUGAACGAAAGAUUUUUGAAUGUAUCACAAGUUUUCCUUGCUCGUGAUUUGAGUACCUUGCAUGAAUUGGUUAAGGAGCGUGCUCAACUCGCCAACAAAUAUGAAUCUACACUAAACGGAGUCAUCACCAAAUCGGUUAAGAAGAAAUUAAAAGCUGAUAAAAAGGGUGAAAAGGUAGCAGAGGGAACCACUAAUUUGGAUCAACCUCAAAAUGAUUUGGAAACUUACAUUCCACUGAAGAAAAGACCAAAGCACAGGUUAUCCAAGAUUCCUAUAUUAAAUAUUUGUUUGAGUGAGAAGGUUGACACAUUGGACUACUCUGUGAAACAUAUCAGUGAGUUGAAUGAAAAAAUUGGUACAGAGCAGGAAAGCUGGGAAGAUAAUAACACCGUAGGAUCGGCAUUUAUCGAAUUCAAGACUCAAUACGAUGCGCAAAGAGCUUAUCAAUCAAUCCCAUAUUUGUUCGAUAAAGAUAUCUACGACAGCGCUUUAAUUGGUUACGGACCAGAUGACGUUAUCUGGGAAAGCACAAGUAUGAACAGGAAGACAAGAAAAGUCAAGAGAUUAGGUGGUAACACAAUUUUAACAUUGAUGAUCAUAUUUUGGGCCAUUCCUGUUGCUGUGGUUGGUUGUAUCUCUAACAUCAACUUUUUGACCGACAAGGUGCCAUUUUUAAGGUUUAUUGAUAACAUGCCUGAUGUUUUGAUGGGUGUUAUUACUGGUUUAUUGCCAACUAUUCUUUUGGCAUUAUUAAUGUCUUUGGUUCCUGUAUUCAUUAAAAAGGUUGCUAUGAUGACAGGAGCUUUGACAAGGCAAGAAAUUGAGCUAUAUUGUCACGCAUGGUAUUAUGCAUUCCAAGUGGUUCAAGUUUUUAUAGUCGUUACUUUGGCAUCUUCGGCAUCCAGUACUGUCACAGAUAUCAUCGAUGAACCUGAUUCUGCUAUGACGUUGUUGGCUCAAAAUUUGCCAAAGGCUUCUAACUUCUACAUCGCCUAUUUCUUAUUGCAAGGUUUGACUGUGCCAAGUGGAGCUUUGUUGCAAGUUGUUGCAUUGAUUUUGAGUAAAGUUCUUGGAAGAGUGCUUGACAAAACACCUAGGCAAAAAUGGGCUCGUUAUAACACACUUUCUCAGCCUAGCUGGGGUGUCGUUUAUCCGGUCUUAGAAUUGUUGGUAUGUAUCUUCAUCACUUACUCUAUCAUUGCACCAAUCAUCUUGGUAUUCUCUACCGUUGCACUAGGUUUCUUCUUCCUUGCCUAUUUGUACAAUUUGACAUAUGUGAUGAGCUUCAGCUAUGAUUUACGUGGUAGGAACUAUCCAAGAGCAUUAUUCCAAGUAUUUGUUGGAUUGUACUUAGCUGAAAUAUGUCUAAUUGGUCUUUUCAUCAUGGCCAAGACAUGGGGUCCUUUGGUUUUGGAAGCAGUCUUCUUGGCUGCUACUGCUCUUGCCCAUAUUUACUUCAAGAGAAGAUUUAUUCCAUUGUUUGAUGCAGUUCCAUUGAGCGCAAUCAGAUACGCUAGAGGUGAAGAAGGUUCUUAUUACCCAGCCAAGGAUCAAGGUUUGAACGAAAUUCAAGUCGAAGGUAAGAAACUUGCAGAAAACAUUCUAUCUGAAGAUAGAAAUGGGGUCUUCCAAGAAACUACAAAACAAGAUUUGCAGAGAGUUAACAUGCUGCCUGAUGAGUAUGAAGAUUCUCUUGAAAAUGAUUCAAAGAGCAAUAAUGGUAACGGAACUAUUUCGGGCAGCUCGAAACAGAAUCCAAGCACCUUUGUCAACGAUUCAGAACAAUUCCAUAAGACAAAAGUACCUCCACAAAUUCCACCACCAGAAGUUCACCAGGAAGAAAGAGACCCCAACAUCAUUGUCAACCGCGCGGAUGCUGGGCAAGUUAUCUCCGAUGUUAAGGGUUACCCAAUAAAUGCACCAGAAGAGCAACUCGGUUUACCAUCCGAUCUGAUCAGACCAAAGAGUAUCGUGGCCCGUUGCAAGCUAUUCUUCCAACCUCAGAAGUACUACGAUUUCGCUAUUGUAAGGCAAACUCUACCUUAUGUCUUCAAUGACGUCAUUAGAUACGAUUUGGAGUACUUGGAAACCGCCUUCACCGAGCCUUGUGUUAGAGAGAAGGAACCAAUUAUAUGGUGUGCAAGAGAUCCUAUGGGAUUGUCCCAUCAGCAAAUAUCCAUUGCAUCUGCCAGUGGUGUGGAUGUUAGAGAUGAUUUCGCUGGUUAUGACGAGACGGGUAAGACAACAUACUCUAAUAGUCCUCCAGACUACGAAAUGAUUGCCAAAAAGUGA